GUGCGUGCCGCGGUCGAUCGAGCGAGAGCGAGCGCUGCGGACGGCAUAGAGGCUGAGUUAAACGAGCCAGAUCGCAGAUGGACGUCCGCGGGAGCGUUCUGUCAUGGAGAGCACGACGCGACGUGUCGUUAAGUGUGCCCGAGUGUCGUCGACGUGCUCGUGCUCGUGGUCGUUGUCGUGGCCGUUGUCGUUCUCGUUGUCGUAGCCGUCGCGUGUGCAGCGUUUCGGGUCGCGUCGUGGGCUUAUCGCAGUGACAGUCGACAGAGCGUGAGAGGGAUAGAUAGAGAAGGGAAGAGAGACAGGCGGAUCGUGGUGCUCGUGGUGCUACUAUCGAUACAUCGUGAACCGUGCCAGCCGAAUAAUUACAUCGGAGCCCGCGUCUCUCUCUCUCUGGAUCCUGAGGCGGAUUCCCGAGGAGAAAGAAAGAGAGAGAGAGAGAUAGAGAGAGAAAGAGAAAGAGAGCGAGGAAGAAGGAGAACGGUAGUCCUUCGUCGAUCGACCAAUCGGACGCACGUGCGUCCGACGUCCGGAUUCGUCAAAUAAUCGAUCCGAUCGGCGAGAUCGGUGCUGCGAGAGCCUGUGACACGUUGAUUCACGGGUGCGACCGAGCGUCUUUUUUCUCUCUCUCUCUCUCUGUCUGUCUGUCUGUCUCUGUGUCCUGUGUCGGAUGCGAUCCGUGCUUUUCGGCGCGUCGCAUUCGAUCCACGUGUUGUUUGGGACACGGUGCGGCAAAGAGAUCGUCGACAAGAAAGCGAGGAGAACAGAGGGGAACGGUACCAGAGGUGGAAGAGAAACGAGGACAGGGAGAGAAGUCACCUGCUGUCGGACAACGGAACGGAUCGUUUCGCGUCCGACGGACAGCGGUACACGCGCGUGUUUCCGGUCCGCGUGACACAAACGCAUUUGUAAACACGGAGCGGACGCACUCGGUCUCGCGUGCAUUACAAAAUUCCGUUCGAAAGUGUAAGGCUCGUGUCGCCGUCGUACAGUGUGUGUGUAAACAAAACCCGGGACCGGCGCGGCGCCGCGCGACGUUCGGAGAGUUCGAGUGUGUCUCUACAAUAUUAUCGGACGCAACACGCUCGAGGGGUAAUCGGCGACAGAGAUCGCGCGGGCCCGAUAAAUCACGGGAUUGAUCGGGUGUGACGGAACAAGGAACGACCGGCUCCGAAAGUGUGAUCCGCGCGCGGAACGAGAAUACGAAAUCCUGUUAACUCGAUCCGUUAACGUAACGGGCACGGGGAAUAGUGGCUGUACGGGAACUGCUCGGUGGCGCGUACACGCACCAACGGUCCGACGGACCGGACGGAAUCGCGCGUAAACUGAAAAGCGGUUGUUCGUUCGUCGACGGCGCGACCAUAAUAAUAGCCGGGUGUCGAGGACGAAGCGAGACGAGACGGGACGGGACGGGCUCGUUGUUUCGCGGGGUUAAGGUUGCCGGUUUCCGCGGCGCGGCUCGGCGCGGCGGCGAGGUCACCGAGAGGGGGCUGCGGGCGAGGUGUGCGAAAGAAAGAAAGGGUAGGGGGAGGAAAAGAGGCGAACGAUGCUGUCCGGUCGUCGCGGUUAAUUCGCACGUGUCGCGAUGUCGGCCGGCACGGCGGGCGUCCGUGGCACCGGCGCCGAGUGCAGGAAGUUCGCGCCGAACAUAUUCAACAAGAGCAAGUGCAGCAGCUGCUUCAAGCAGAAGGAGGAGCACAGCGCGGAGGCUCUGGAAUGCAACAGGGCAACGAGGAAGAUUUCAAAAUGCGGAUAUUUGUUCGUCGCCCCGGGCUGGGACUUCUCGAACCCGCUGAACCGGACGAAGAGAUGGCAGAGGAGAUGGUUCGUGCUGUACGACGACGGGGAGCUGACGUACUCGGUGGACGAGCACCCGGAGACGGUACCCCAAGCGAGGAUCGACAUGACUCGCGUGCUGGAGGUCGCCGCAGCCGAGGACAUCACCGGACAUCCUUACAGCCUCGCCGUGACCUCGCCCGAGGGCGUCACCUUCGUGAAGGGCACGUGUCGCGAGGAGACGCGAUGGUGGGCCGACGUGCUCCAAGUCUACUCGAGGAACAAGGGCCGGCACAAGCGAAACGCCACGUUCCCGGGCGGACAGACGACCAUUCUUCAGGUCACACCGACGAUCAGGAGCAACACUCCGAAUCCUCCUCGUCCGCGGUUCAACAGCUGCCGCUCGGAGCCGCGCAGCAACACGUGGAUCCCGGAAGCGAGCGUGCCGUCGGACCUCUGCUCCUCCGUGUUCUCCUCCUCGUCGUCUCUGGUGACGAGCAGCGUGGUGACCACGUCCAGCAGCUCGGUGACGAGCAACGGCAGCUCGGAGGCCAGCAGCGAGCACAGAAACAACUCGGUGUCUCCGCUGAGGAGCGGCGGCCCUCUGGAGAACGGAAGCUCCGGCUAUUUGGCGGCCGUGUCGGUGCCCUCGUCGUCCCCGUCCCCGUCCCCGUCCCCGUCGCCGUCGACCUCGACGGCGACGUCCGCGAUGAACGGCGCGACGGUCGGCGCAGUUUACUCGAGCGCGUCGAGCGGCGGUCCGUCGACGAGCGGCUCGUCGCUGACGGAGAAGCCGCCGAUAGUUCCGAGCGAGGGUAGGUCCAGCUACAAGGAUCAGCCAGCGAGCAGCGCGUCGCCGCCGACCAGGGAUAAGCUGAGAGCCGAAGACAAGGCCAGACGUAGGAUGAAUCAGCACGGAGAACGGCCGAGCUCCGGACCAGCCUGUUCCACCGAGAAACUAGACGACGACGCCUGUCGGAGGAUCCUGCUGGAGCACGAGAGAGAAAGAGAAGGCAAGCUGCGCGACAUCGCAGCCUCGUUGACCCAGCCUCGCGUCCGCAGGAUCAAGCCGAGGACAUCCGAGCCGACCAGGGACGUCGUGGACGCGGUGAACGCGGCCUAUCAGGAUAAACUAAUCAGAGGAGAUCCCGACGGUUGCGGCCUAGACAUCUCGGGCAUCAGAUAUUCCCCCACCUCGGAAUUGCGGGUCGACCUACCCGCCGAGGAUCUGCUGAACAUCAAGAAAGGCUGGCUGAUGAAGCAGGGCCUCAAUAAGGAAUGGAACAAGCACUGGUUCGUACUGCGCGGCUGCGGCCUCAUGUACUACCGAGAUCCCUGCGCGGAAGAUAAGGGUAUCAUGGACGGCGUCAUAGAUCUGAAUACCGUUACCGCCGUCACGCCCCUUCAAGUCGCAAGAAAUUAUGGAUUCCAGACCGUGGCCUGGGACGAUCGAGGAUCCACCGUGCUGUCAGCGGUCACCGCCGGGAUUCGCGCCAGCUGGAUGUCCGCUGUCAGGAGGGCCGCCAACUUGCCGGAUCCCGACAGCAACGCGGACUCCAUGUCCGUUUGCCAGGACGGCCAGCAGGACAAUACCCCGCAGUCGCCUACCACGUCUAUCACGGAUCGAGAGCGAGACUCGGUGGUCCCCUCCGCGUCGGUGACACCUCGGUCGGUGCUGUUCUCGUCGGACGAGGAGUACAGGACGGCGUCGGAAGGCGGAAGAAGGGAGUCCGGGGACUGGUCCGAGGUGCCGGUGUCCCCGCCGUUGGUCCGCAACGGCGACUGGCCGACCGGACCGAAGGGUUCGAGUUGGUCCGACUCGGCGAAUCACGAGUGGUCCGAGCUGCCACCGUCGCCGCCUCUAACGAGGACCGCGUUGUCCCGAGUGAAAGCCCGCUCGAGGUCCAGCUCGAGGUCCAGAGUGUACAAGAGGAGCCGCAGCUCGCCGCCCAGCUCGAGGAGGAGCACGCUGGACAGCGUGAGGUCCGAGGACCUGAUGAUGGCUUGCUGCGAGCUGGGCGAGGACGAGGAGCAGACCAACGGGCACAUGCAGAGCAACAGCUGCCUCUCCGGCGCCAACGACGGCCCGUUGAUCGUCGAGCUGCUGGAGAACCAGGUGUCCCUGUUGCGCGAUCAGCUGGAUCAGAAUCAGUCGAAUCACCCGAGCACGCUACUAGUCAUUGUCGAGCGUCAGGAGAACGAGAUCGAGAGCUUGAAGUCGCAGCUGAACGCCGCGAGAACGGACGUCGCCAACGCCGAGAAGGAGCUGUCCAGGCUGAGGCAGCAGAAGGCCGAGGCUUCCAUCAGGGAGAAACAGGUGGACGAACUGCUCAACACCGUACAGAGGACCGAGCAGCAGAGGAACAAGGACCUCGAGGAUCUGGAGAAGAUGAAGAAGAUGUACGCCAGGGACAAGGAGGUGCUCGAGUGCAAGCUCUUGGAGACGGAGGCGAUCCUCAGGGAGACCAGCGAACGCUGCGAGAUGCUCGCCGAGGAGCUGGCGUCCAGCCACAGGACGGUCGAGCAUCUGCAGACCGAGAUCGCUUCGUUGAGCGAUCGACUGUCGCAAGGAAUCGAGGAGAACGAGCGGCUCUACUCCAAGGUCAGGGAACUCGAGGAAAAGGGCGGGCUGUCCGCUUCGAGGGAGCGCGGCAGGAGCUUCGACUCGCUGAGCGACCUGACGAACAUCGAACUGGACCUGGACUUGAAUUCUCUCGACAAGGAGAGGAUCAUGGAGGAAUACGAGGAGCUGCGCAGUCGUUUCGAGAAGGCGAUUCUGGAGAUUCGCGCGAUGCGGAAGGAGCUGCGAGAGGCUCACGCGACGCAGGACGCGCUCGAGCUGGAGAUCUUCGCGCACAAGCAGGACGCCGCCAGCGUGAGCGAGACGAACCAGGCCCAGGCUCGGCUGAUGGCCGCGAGGAUCCAGGAUCUGACCAACAAGCUGGCUGCCAGCGAGAAGCAGGUGCGGACGUUGAAGCAGAAGCUGACGAAGGCGGAGGCCAGAGACAAGCGACGGUCGUUGUCGCUGAAAGGUCGCGAGUCCUUUCAGAUCUCGCAGGAGAUGGAGGACAAGCUGCAAGAUCUCGAGAACAAGAUCUGCGCGAUCGAACGCGGUAGAAGCAUCGGCGCGAUCGGCGCCACCGGCUCCAAGGAGUCGAGUCCUAAUCCAAAGAAAGAGAAGAGGAGCAAGAACUUGGAUCGCUCGAGGCUGCGAAGGAAGUCUCUGGACAGCGCGACCAGCUCCGAGCCGAUGAAGGUGCUGAUCCGGCUGAGCACGCUGGAGACCAAGGUGGCGAACGUCGCCGAGAACAUGGCGAGCGACGCCGAGAAGGACAGCAGCGAGUGCAGCGAGGUCAGCGCGUCCUCGACCAGCGAGGUGUCCCUGGAGAUCGUCGCCAGGCUGAGGAAGUUGGAGCGGGUGGUGUGCAAGUCGAAGCGUCGGCUGGAGAAGUGUCUGGGCUCCACCCAGGCGGAGGACAAGGCGGAGAAGUGUUUACGCGAGGUGAACGACAUCCUGGACUCGUGUUUAGAAUGUAAGAAAAGCCAAGCCAGCGCUCAAGCGACCGAGUCAGUAGGGGUAGCGGUAUCUAGGCUAGAGACUAUACUUAAGGAUAAGCUGAGCGAACUCGCGGCAAGACGGCAGGCGCUCGCGCAGAACGGCCAGCUCGACGACCGGGAGAAGGCGAAGCUGAUCGCGGAGCGGGUGGCGUUCGAGUUCGUCGUUCUCAGGCAGAUCAGGUGCGCGAUCGGCCGGACGUUCGACAGGAGUGCCGUUCUCAGUGAACUGGUCGAAACUAGUCAGCUUGCCACAAGCCUAACGCGUAAGAUUCACGGAACUAAGCCCAAAACCUACCAAAACACCAGUUACAUUCAGUAUCUUACUAAAGUGUUAGCGAAUAAGUUAGUACUGGUCGGCGGUGCGCCGGCGACCGCCGAUGCCACGAAGGAAGUUGCCGCGGCUCGCGCGGAGAGCCUCGGCUUCCUGCUGCAGAAACAGCGGGAGGUCGACGAGAUCGCGAGGAGGUACAAGGAGACGAGGCUGCGACAGCUGGCCGAGGCGCUGGCCGUCGAGACGCUGAGCAUGUCCGAGCAGGAGGAUCUCGGCAAGACGGUGACCAGCUCGAACAAGAAGCUGCUGGAGGACCGACGGAUCAGGGAAGCCUGGGCGCUGGCUCAGGAGACGGUCAGCAAGGAGCUGGUCCAGUCCGAGGUGUCGCACGUGAUCAUGCGCUGCGGUCGGAUCUACGAGCAGAACAUCACCAGCAUCACGGACGCCUGUCUCGCGUUCGAGGCGACCGAUAACGUCGCUUUGGAGUCCUGGAUCGACGCGGCGCAGGCCAGGCUCCGACAGGAGAUGGAGCUGUCCACUCGCGAGCUGUCGGAGGCCUACGAGGAGUGUCUCCGCCGGAUGAAGAAGAACAAGACCGGCGUGGAGACCAAGUUCGAGUCCCGGCAGCUGUUGAACGAUUACGCGGACGUGAUCGCGCACAAGGCUUUGAUCGACGCCAGGAUCGGGCUUCUCCGGGAGAACGCGCGGCCCUCGACCGGCUUCCCCGGCGAGACUUUCGUAUCUAGUCUAAUCCGCAACGACGAGCUGCUGACGUGUCUGCUCGGGGACGACUGCGAGUACCAGAGCAAUCCGAUCCUCGACGCGGAGUACAGUUACCUUUACCAGCAGUUCGGCAAGGAGUGCGAGGAGAGGAUCUCCGGGAAGCGGAGCUCGAAGGAGCAGCUGAAGAACGUCGGCCAGAGCCUGUUCCAUCUGGAGGAGGACCUGAUCGAUCUGGCGAAGCGGGUUCGCGACAAGGACGGCGAGAAGCUGGCCAGCUGGUCGCCGAAAUCGGCGGGGAACGACUGGUCCAGCGUCUGCGAGAAGUGCUCGCAGCUGCGCGAACAGAUCAAGAGACUACGGGACCACGUGAACACCGUGGCGUGCGAGCAGUGCGAUCAGCUGCAGGCGACCAUCGAGAGGAUCACGGCGGACCACCGGGAGGAGCUCGAGACGCUCAAGAGGAGCCAGGAAAGGGAUCUGACGGAUAUCAAGGGCGAAUUGGACAACCAGAGGCAGUCGUUGACCUCUCGAUACGAGCAGGAAGCGGCCAGUCUGCGGGACAAGGCUCGGAAGCUCGAGCACAGGCUGAACGCGAUGGAUUCGGAGCAUUCCGCUCACGUGAACGAGCUGAGAGCCGCUUAUCAGAGGUCCAUGAGCGCCGAAUUGGACACCGACGCGGAGACUCGCAAGAGGUACAAGGAGGAGAUCAAGCAGCUGCGAGCGCUCUGCGAGAAGGGCCUGCUGGCUAUGGAAAACUCCCACAGGCGGAUCAUCUCGGAAAUGGAGGAGAAACAUCGGCAGGAGUUGGAGAGUCUGAGGGUGGAGAAGGAGCAAGCGUUGUCGGAAGAGACCCAGGCCACCCUGGCGGCUCUGGACGUCAUGAGGAAGGCCCACGAGCACGAGGUACAAAAGGAGAUCGCUAAAUUCAAGCAGGAGUUCAUCAAGCAGAUGCAGGCGAGGGAGGACAUCGGGGUGCUGCACAAGGAACACGAGGAAGAAAUGGAAGAGAUCAAGCAAGAGAUUCUCUCGCUCUCCGCCAAAUAUUCUUCGAAGUGCGUCGAGUCCGCGGCUCUGGAAGAAAAGGUAGGUUCUCUGACGAAACAGCUGACUCAGGCGCAGCAGCACAUCAUGCAACUGGACGCCAGGAACAAGCAGCUGAGAGCGCAUUUGGUAUUGGAGACGAACGACACCGGCGUCAACGACGCGAUGCAGGUGCCGAGGGUCGGAGAGAACGAGAUAGCCGAGCCGAGGGAGGAGAUGCACAGGCUCCAACAAUUGAAGCAUGGGGAUGCCGUUGUUCGCGACUCGUCCGGCGCGGCGUCGAAAUCACCGUCGCAGAACUGCUCCGCGGCUUACCCGCCGCUUCGCCUCCGGAGCGGGCUGGAGCCGGUGUCACGAUCGAGCAGCUGCGAGGAGCACCGGCUAACCGGCGAAAGGGCGAAAAGCUCCUCGGUGUCGACGUUGCAUAAGCACCCGGCCGCGGACAAGCCGGCCGCGUUCUCCUACAAGCUCGAGCGGAUUAAGUCGGUCUCGUUGCCGUACUCGAGUAACUUGGUUAGGCCGGGGAGUAGUUCCGACGUUCCGUCGCACGAUAGGAAAGAGGUGAGCUUAGGGCAAAAGAGUCAGGAGCGUAACGGUCUCGCAUCGCCACUGUGGGACAGCUUGAGGCCCAGGAGCGGAUUGCCCCAUCAGUAUCAAGGUACAGAAGACAGAUGAACCGGACACGUUCGGUGAUCGGACCGUCGGUGGCGGGGAUCGUCGUCGUCGAUCCUCUCUUGGAACGCCUCUCUGCUUGAUCCACGAUACCCGUGUGCCGUCUCUCGCGACACCCGCGCUCCAAGUACACCGCGAGUCUGCCUCCGCGCGUCGUCCUCGUUGCUUCAUUGCCCGUACGGUGCUCUAUGGUGUAGACCGAGCAAGCUCGAGGGGAUCCGACGACUCUGUAGCAUGUCCAAGAGUCUCUCGGGUCUCCGUCUUCGUUUCGACCGUCGACACCGAACCUACCGAAGAAAUCGUUCGCCUCGCUGUUUCGACGAUCGGAGGGCUCCUCCGACGAAAGGUUCAAUCAAAAUCUGCCGAUCGACGGUAGAUUCGGCGUUGACGCGAAACGUUCGCCGACGACUCGUCUCACGCGAUUCCCCGAUCGCGGCUCGAGACGACGAUCGAAGCAAGACUAACCGGGUGCUUCCGUUUCGGAUAUAUUAACCGCUUCGUGGACGUUCGAGCGUCGACCGACCUAACCGGCUGAAUGUACCCGCGACUGACAUUGUAACCGUAUCGUUGUGCAAUAAUCUCUUGUCCGCGCGUCGGCCCUCCGCGGGCCGAAACCAUGGCAAGGCGCUGCUACUAACCGGAGACACGUACUAUUAACGGUAUGCAACAAGUAACGCAACACGGUAAUCCUGCCUUGCGAUUAAUGCGAUUCCCCGUAUACUCGUUGAAUGUCUAAUCCGCGCGAUGGCUGACACACGCUGUACGCAUAAUAAUAUCAAAAGGUAGUCAAUGCGCGCGCGCGCGCGCGCGACCGAUCGAAAUUCUUCACGACAUCGACGUUCGACGUCGAUCGACGACCCCUUUUCGGACUCGAUACUCCAACACGCCUCUUUCGAACACGACUUUUACCGA